GCCGUCGCUGUCGACGGCCGUGCCGAGCGCCAGCAGACAAGCGGCGACGCUACAAAACAACGCGCCAACCAACCGCCCCACUGCUGACCCUUUCCACCCCGCAAGCUCCCUGCGUUCCGCCGGCCGGCAGCGGCAGCGGGCAACCCCCAUGGUAUGGCCGCCCGCUUCCUCCUCCUCUAUGCGCUGCUCCUCGCCCUCGCCACCGCCGCGGCAUCCCAAGGCCUCGCCCAAGAGGAUGUUGCGAAGCGGUUGAAGGAGGAGCUGUCAGAGAGGAACCGAGAGAAUGAGAUGCUCGAGUCAUGGAAUGGAGACCCGUGUUCCCCGUCUACCUGGGAAGGAUUCUCUUGCGAACCCAAGGAUGGCGUCCGUGUCGUCGUCAAGCUGAACUUUUCUUCGAAGAAUUUGCAAGGCCAGAUUCCGGCAACCAUUGGUAACUUAACGGACCUAACUGAAAUUGAUCUGCAAGACAAUAAUUUCACUGGAUCUAUUCCGGUAUCCUUUUCUGCUCUCAAACACCUGCGCAACCUGUCAGUGAAGUGCAACCCCUUCCUGAGCAAUCAGCUGCCUGAUGGUUUCUCAACCGGGGUGGAUUUCAGGCAUGGAGCCUGUGCUGCUGAAGAGUAUCAUAGCUCCCCUGCUGAAGAGUACCAAAGCCCACCUGGAGUUGCCAGUCAGAGAGUAAUUGUUAUCGGUGGUGUUGCUGGUGGAUCUUUGGCAUGCACUUUUGCUCUUGGAUUUCUAUUUGUUUGUUUUAACAAACGUGAACGUCGUUCUCCAGAAAAAGACUGCUCGUCUACAACAAGUAUGUCUCCUGCUGCUACAGUAUAUGACCCCAUUUUUCAAGAAUGCGGUAUCCAUAACACUACAAACCCUGCAGUACAACAGCUGUCCCUCAAAUCUAUCCAGACUGCAACAGGCAACUUCAAAAGAUUGAUAGGAGAGGGUGGGUUUGGAGCAGUUUAUCGAGGUAUAUUACCACAUGGACAAGAAGUUGCAGUAAAAGUCCGAUCAAGCUCAUCAACACAGGGAACACGUGAGUUUAACAAUGAGUUGAGACUUCUUUCUGCUGUGUGGCAUGAGAAUUUGGUCCCACUUAUUGGCUAUUGCUGUGAAAAGGAUCAGCAGAUAUUGGUAUAUCCAUUCAUGUCCAAUGGCUCACUACAGGAUCGCCUCUAUGGUGAGGCAUCCAAAAGGAAAGUUCUUGAUUGGCCUACCAGAUUAUCUGUUUGUAUUGGUGCAGCAAGAGGGCUGGUAUAUCUGCACAAUUUUGCAGGGCGUUGUAUCAUACACAGAGAUAUUAAAUCAAGCAACAUACUUAUGGAUCACAGCAUGUGUGGCAAGGUAGCCGACUUUGGGUUUUCUAAGUAUGCACCUCAGGAAGGUGACAGUAAUCCAUCAAUGGAAGUGAGAGGAACUGCUGGGUACUUGGACCCUGAAUACUAUUCCACUCAGGUGUUAUCCACCAGAAGUGAUGUCUUCAGUUUUGGAGUAGUCCUGUUAGAAAUUGUGACGGGAAGAGAACCACUUGAUGUCAAAAGGCCUCGUGAUGAAUGGAGCUUAGUUGAGUGGGCAAAACCUUACAUAAGGGAGUACAAGAUCGAAGAGAUGGUGGACCCUGGCAUAAAAGGGCAAUAUUGUUCAGAGGCCAUGUGGAGAGUGCUUGAGGUCGCUUUGGUAUGCACCGAGCCCUUCUCAACCUUCCGGCCAAGCAUGGAGGACGUUCUCAGGGAGCUGGAAGACGCACUGAUCAUCGAGAACAACGCGUCUGAGUACAUGAGGUCCAUCGAAAGCACAGGGACUCUGGGCUCCAAUCGCUAUCUGUCCAUUGACAGGAAGAUGUUCACAUCAGGUUCAGCGCGAAUCGAGCCGACAAAGGGACAAUUGCAAACGAUGCCUUCGCUUCCUAGGUAACUGGACUGUGCUUAUGAUCUCACAACGGGUGCCAUCAGGGAUGUACCCUUGUUCAAGGCACAUCUGAGCUUGGACAUUGAGCCUUAAGCACCUGAAAACGGCAUGGAGGGGUCAUGUUACCCAUUUCUGUAGUCUGUACCAUCUACAGAACCUAUCCAGUGGUGAGAGCACAGAUCAGCUACACGCCCACACCUGCACUGGGAAAUGCUUUGUGAAGCCAGGAGACUAGGCUAGUUUUGCCUGUAAAAUUGCCAUUGAUUCAAUCGCCUUAAAGCUGGUGAACGUAUGUGCACAGCUAUUCUUUGGACAUUGUUUGAAACAUCAGAUAUGGUGACGUAACCCCUCCAAAAAGAAAGAUAUGUUGAGGUAGCAUCACUUCAUUAUUUGAACUGUUGCUGCAUUGGGACAUUGUACUACUCUUGCUGUAAUUGAUCUUGUCCUUGCGUAAUUAAACAUAGUUUCCGACCGACAA